AUACCCUAUACACUAUUCCCCGUAGGACCGCAAUCUAUUUGUGGCAGUGGUGGCUCGCUGCUAGUUGACAGGAGCCACACGUGCUUUCAUGCCAGGCUUUCAUGUCAGACCCACCAAAAGUCCCAUCAUGGGAUUUGAAGAAUCAUUGAAGAACAUGGAGAGGAGAAUACUGGCUAAAUAUAGAAACAUAGAAACACAUCCUUCUUGGCUGCCCUACGUUCUAGUAGGUAUGGUUCUAGUUAGGUCAGGCCUUAUUGGGGAUGGUAUGGUUCUAGUAGGUAAGGUUAUAUUGGGUAUGGUAUGGUUGAGUUAGGUAUGGUUCUAGUGAGGUACGGCUCUAGUAGCUAUGGUUUUGUUAGGUAUGGUUGGGUAAGGUUCUAGUUAGGUAUGGUUCUAGUUAGGUAAGGUUUAGUAGGUAUGGUUGUGUUGGGUAAGGUUUUAGUUAGGUAAGGGUUUCUUAGGUAUGGUUCUAGUUAGGUAAGGGUUUCCUAGGUAUGGUUCUAGUUUGGUAAGGGUUUAUUAGGUAUGGGUCUAGUUAGGUAAGGGUUUCUUAGGUAUGGUUCUAGUUAGGUAAGGUUCUAGUUAGGUAAGGGUUUAUUAGGUAUGGUUCUAGUUAGGUAAAGGUUUAUUAGGUAUAGGUCUAUUUAGGUAAGGGUUUAUUAGGUAUGGUUCUAGUUAGGUAAAGGUUUAUUAGGUAUAGGUCUAUUUAGGUAAGGGUUUAUUAGGUAUGGUUCUAGUUAGGUAAAGGUUUAUUAGGUAUAGGUCUAUUUAGGUAAGGGUUUAUUAGGUAUGGGUCUAGUUAGGUAAGGGUUUCUUAGGUAUGGUUCUAGUUAGGUAAGGUUCUAGUUAGGUAAGGUUCUAGUUAGGUAAGGGUUUAUUAGGUAUGGUUCUAGUUAGGUAAAGGUUUAUUAGGUAUAGGUCUAUUUAGGUAAGGGUUUAUUAGGUAUGGGUCUAGUUAGGUAAAGGUUUCUUAGGUAUGGUUCUAGCUAGGUAAAGGUUUCUUAGGUAUGGUUCUAGCUAGGUAAGGGUUUAGUAGGUAAGGUUCUAGUUAGGUAAGGGUUUAGUAGGUAAGGUUCUAGUUAGGUAAGGGUUUAGUAGGUAAGGUUCUAGUUAGGUAAGGUUCUAGUUAGGUAAGGGUUUAGUAGGUAAGGUUCUAGUUAGGUAAGGGUUUAGUAGGUAAGGUUCUAGUCAGGUAAGGUUCUAGUUAGGUAAGGGUUUAGUAGGUAAGGUUCUAGUUAGGUAAGGGUUUAGUAGGUAAGGUUCUAGUUAGGUAAGGGUUUAGUAGGUAAGGUUCUAGUUAGGUAAGGGUUUAGUAGGUAAGGUUCUAGUUAGGUAAGGUUCUAGUUAGGUAAGGGUUUAGUAGGUAAGGUUCUAGGUAGGUAAGGUUCUAAUUAGGUAAGGGUUUCUUAGGUAUGGUUGUGUUGUAUAGGACUGACAGCAAUGACUCCACUAACUCCAUGAUGAAAUCAUUCAGAAUGGUACAGGAAGAUCUUGUGAAGGCCAAGCAUGCUCCAUAAUGUUCAUGUCUGCUGGGCUGGUCCAUCCUGGAGCAUCUGCACCUUGGUCACUACCAGGAUAUUUCACAUGGAGGCUCAAAGGAGGAGGAGGAGGAGGCACCAUCCUGCUGAAGAAUUUCUCUUCUCGUGUGUGUUAGGAGGAAGUGGCAAUAAAGAGGAAAGGAAUGAUGGAUGAAAGGAUGUAGGGAAGGAAGGAAGGAAGGAAAAGUCAUGUGUGCUGAUUCUUCAAGUGCACAUUUCCCACACGCACACUCAACGUGUGCAGCUGUGUGUGUGUGUGUGUGUGUGUGUGUGUGUGUGCUGCGAGUCAUGUGAUUGGCUGAGUUGGUGAGAUGCGCCAGGAGCUGAGAGGCUGCAGAGUGUGUGUGUGAGUGAGUGUGUGUGAGAGGGAGAGAGGGAGAGAGAGAGAGGGAGCGAGAGAGGAGCACUCCAAGGAAAUGUGAGCCGAUUUUCUUUGUGUGCGAUGACGCUCGCUGUUAGCCACCGCCGCUACUAACCGUGCUCCCGGCCCGGCCCGCUGGUGCUGAUGGAGCGCUUCCUGGCUCUGCUGCGCUUGCUGGGGAGGAGGCGCGGGGGGAGGAGUUACCGGGCGGAGGAAGACUACCAGGAAGGCUACGCGGACGUUUACUUGUACACCAGCAAGUACAACACACGCCUGCUGAAUGAAGGUCCGUACACCAAGCACUCGGCGGGUUCACGACCUUCAGAUGGAGCGCUGGCCAUCAGGAGGCAGAGUAUACCAGACGAGUUCCGGGGGUGCACGGUGGUGGAGCUGAUGAAGAAGGAGGGCACCACGCUCGGGCUGACCGUCUCCGGCGGCAUCGACAAGGAUGGCAAGCCACGGGUGUCCAACCUGCGGCAGGGAGGGAUCGCCUCCAGGAGCGACCAGCUCAACGUGGGCGACUACAUCCGCUCGGUGAACGGCAUCAACCUGGCCAAGUUCCGCCACGACGAGAUCAUCAGCCUGCUGAAGAACGUGGGCGAGCGCGUGGUGCUGGAGGUGGAGUACGAGCUGCCGCCCGUGUCCGUGCAGGGGUCAGGGGUCAUGUUCAAGACGGUGGAAGUGACGCUGCACAAGGACGGGAGCAGCUUUGGCUUCGUCGUCAGAGGCGGAGCCUGUGAAGACCGGAACAAGUCCCGGCCCAUCGUCAUGACAACCGUCCGCCCAGGAGGGCCCACGGACAGGGAAGGAACCAUCAAGCCGGGGGAUCGGCUGCUGAGCAUCGAUGGGAUCCGUCUCCAUGGCAACACGCUGUCGGAGGCCAUGAGCAUCCUGAAGCAGUGCGGACAGGAAGCCACGCUGCUGGUGGAGUACGACGUUUCCGUCAUGGACUCGGUCGCCACGGCGUCCGGCCCGCUGCUGGUGGAGGUUGCCAAGGCGACGGGCUCCAGCCUGGGCGUGGCCCUGUCCACCUCCAUGUUCUGCAGCAAGCAGGUCAUCGUCAUCGACAAGGUCAAACCCGCCAGCAUCGCCGACAGGUGCGGGGCCCUCCAUGCAGGAGAUCACAUCUUAUCCGUGGAUGGGAAGUCCAUGGAGUUCUGUUCCCUGGCCGAAGCCACGCAGCUGCUCUCCGCUUCCUGCCAGACCGUCCGCAUGGAGAUCCUGCCUCAGCACCAGGCCCGACCCGCCCUGAACGCACCGCAGCAAGUCAAGGUGCAGCGUUCCCCCCGCCCCCUUCCCUGGGAAACCGGUGGCUCCACCCCCAUCCUCCCACCCUACCACUACAACACGUACCACCCUGACCAAUCAGGUGCCAGAUCGCAGAACCGCCACACAAACAACUCUUCGCUCAGCCACUCGUUCUCUCCCGGCUCCAUGUCGGCCUACAGCCUGUCGUCCCUCAACAUGAGCACGCUGCCCAGGAGCGCGUAUCCCACGAGUCCACGGGGCACGCUGAUGAGGAAGAAACAGAAGAAGAAGGACUUCAAGAGCUCCCUGUCUUUGGCGUCCAGCACGGUGGGCCUCGCCGGUCAGGUGGUGCACACGGAAACCACCGAGGUGACGUUGCUCGGCGACGGCAUCAUGGGCUUCGGCCUUCAGCUGCAAGGCGGCGUCUUCGCCACCGAGACGCUCUCUUCGCCGCCGCUCAUCGCUUACAUCGACCCCGACAGUCCUGCUGAGAGGUGUGGCAUCCUGCAGAUUGGAGACAGGAUCUUGUCCAUCAAUGGCGUUCCGACUGAAGACUCCACCUUGGAAGAAACCAAUCAGCUGCUCCGAGAUUCCUCCAUCACCGCGCAACUCAGCCUGGAGAUCGAGUUUGAUGUGGCUGAGUCGGUCAUCCCGUCCUCGGGAACGUUCCACGUGAAGCUUCCGAAGAAACCGGGAGUGGAGUUGGGAAUUACCAUCAGCUCGCCGUCCAACAGGAAGUCAGGUGACCCGCUGAUCAUCUCAGACAUCAAGAAGGGCAGCGUGGCUCACAGGACGGGAACGCUGGAGCUGGGAGACAAGCUGCUGGCCAUCGACAACAUCCGCGUGGAGAGCUGCUCCAUGGAGGAGGCCGUGCACAUCCUGCAGCAGUGCGAGGAGCUGGUCAAGCUGAAGAUCCGGAAGGAUGAAGACAACUCAGACGAGCAGGAGGUGUCGGGCAGCAUCAUCUACACGGUGGAGCUGCAACGCUACGGCGGUCCGCUAGGAAUCACCAUCUCAGGCACCGAGGAGCCCUUCGACCCCAUCAUCAUCUCCUCGCUCACCAAGGGGGGGCUGGCGGAAAGGACGGGGGCCAUCCACGUGGGCGACCGCAUCUUGGCCAUCAACAGCAGCAGCCUGAAGGGCAAACCUCUGAGCGAGGCCAUCAGCCUGCUGCAGCAGGCGGGAGAAACCGUCACGCUCAAGAUCAAGAAGCAGGGCGAGCUGUCCAGUCCCAAGCCCUGCGUGAUUGGCUCGGGGCCGGGGGCAGGGACGAACCAGGACAACCACAACGGGGACGAGGAGGAGCCUGUCGUCAUGGUGGCGCCCCCGUCCAGGCUGUUCAGCACGCUGCCGUCCGUAGACAGCGCCGUGGAGUCUUGGGACGGGUCCAACAUGGACGGCAGCUUCACCGGCCCGGCGCCGCCCUUCCAGUCCUCGCCUUUCACCUUCCACGAGUGGCGCAACGCCAAGACGAGCAACAGCCAGUCGCCCGCCUCCGCUCGCCAGCGAGCCAACCCGCUGUCAGACCUCGGCCUGAACGACGAGUGGGACCACGCCGCACUCGGAGGAACCUGUAAUGUCGCCAGCGGUCUUAUUUCUGACAGCAGGUUCACGGUGGGCCACGAUGGGACUGAACCAGACCAGGAGGAGAACUUUUGGUCUCAGGCUCUGGAGGAUCUGGAGACGUGCGGUCAGAGUGGAAUCCUCAGAGAGCUGGAGGCCACCAUCAUGUCGGGCUCCACUCUCAGUCUCAAUCAGGACCCCGCCCCCCUGCGCACCACGCUGGGACGCCAGGCCAGCUUCCAGGAGCGCAGCAGCACCCGACCGCAGGUCACGCCGCGCUCCAACACCUUGCCCUCCGACCCUCAGCGCAGAGCCUUCGCCAUGAAGAAGAUGAGACAGGAAGUCAACGACAUCCUCAACCAGAACCCAGUCGAACUUCACAAGCUGACUGUGGAGAAGUCGUCCGACUCGGAGGACUUCGGCUUCAGCGUGUCGGACGGCGUGUUGGACCGCGGCGUGUACGUCAACAACAUCCGAGCGGGCGGCCCGGCGGAGCGCGGCGGCCUGCGGGCGUACGACCGCCUGCUGCAGAUCAAUCACGUCCGCACGCGGGACUUCGACUGCUGCCUUGUGGUGCCGCUCAUCGCCGAGUCCCCCAACCGCUUGGAGCUGGUCAUCAGCCGGAACCCCGCCUCCUCCGCCGCCGACCCGCUGAGCAACCACGCGGACGGAGGACGCUGCGGGCAGACGGACGCGCCGGAGCCACGCGCCAACGCCGCCGAGGACAACAACGAUGACGACGCUCCCAUCAAAUGGAAGAAACCUGGGGAGGGGCUGGGGGCGGGGCUAGUCACCAACACUUCCGUAUAGUAGUGACCGCCCGGAACCACCUGACCCCGCCCCUCCCCCCCACCCUGACGGUGCUACACAGACCCCCUCUCUGGCGGUGACCUUUUGAAAGCACAUGGAUGGAGCAGUCACUUCCUGUCCUCACUUCCUGGUCUGGAAGGGAAUUCCAAGAGAAGCACAGCCUGUGGUUGCCAUGGAGACCACACACUCCAACCAAUGGAAAGACUUCAUGAACCUUUAAAAAAAAAAAUAACACUGAUGAGGACGACACUAAACAAUUGUUGUUUUUUUACGUUUACACGUGACUUACUGGCCUCACUGUGUGCGUGCGUGUGCGUGCGUGUGUGAGCGCGUGCGUCAUUGUUGUUGGCCAGAGAAGCCCCUCCCCCACCACGCCCCCUCCCUUACCCAAUAAGCAGGCAGGAUGAAAGACGCAUUCAGCGGAUUGGCUGGAACCAAUCAAUCAAAGGAUGCCUGACUCUGAUUGGCCCUCCUUGAUGGGUCAACCAAUCAGUUUCCAGGAAGCAGCCAAGCAUGACCCCGCCCCCUCCAGUAGCUGUGCUCUAUUAUGCUAAUCAAUUGGUGUGUUUUUGACUGACUGUUGUCACUUUUCUCUGUUUGUUUGUUUGUUUGUUUGUUACCGUGACGACUGGACCGCAACUGGUGUGAAAAAAAGGUUCAGUCCGUCACCGUGGAGCCAUAAAACCAUUUUAAAACCAUUUUAAAACCAUUUAACACGUAGAAAAAAAAAAACCCUGACGGGGAACUUGUGACGCGUGUCAACAUUUAGCUCUCCUCGUUAGAACGUCCACGUUUAAAGCCGCCGAUCGUAAACCUCCUUGAAACCACUCGCUGCUCUGUGAUUGGUCGUUCCAGUCCUUAGCGCAGCGUGGCCAUCAUGCUAGCUACUGGCUAGCGGACGCCGAACACACUUAGCACAAGGCUAACACAGGGCUAACACCGGGCUGGCUAAAGCUCGCGAGAAGUAGCUCCGCUAGCAUCACAAACACAAGGCGGGUUAGCAGGACAUCACAGACCCUGACAAAGAUGCUAGGCGACACAAAAAGGAGCAGAGGAUGUUGAGGGGCGUGGCUUCAGAAUGAGUGCAAUCAAGCCAUACACUGUGUUUGUACGCAUGUAUUGUGUGUGUGUGUGUGUGUGUGUGUGUGUCCGUGCGUGAGCAACAUUGCAGGAAUUUGCACUUAAAUGCUUGACCUCAACACCCCCCCCCCCCCCCCCCCACGCCCCCACUCCACACACACGUGCACGCACACACACAUGCAUUGCACUGCCAUUGGAAAUGAAGAGAGUGGGCGGAGCUCAUUUCCAUGUAGCGUCACCAACCAAACCGUAUUUUCUUUAAGGAACAACAAUGUUGUAAAGUAUUUUUGUACAAAUUUAAUACUUUGGUAGCAUGACGUUCCUGCUGUUUGUCCUCUCGCCACCUUCUUUGUAUGGACGACUACUGAGCAACAAUAAAUACUACUACUCACCCUGGCUUCGGUACCUUUGCACUACUAGUAUUACUAUUCUUACUACAUCAACCUCUAGCAGUCCUUCACUAAUAUAAUAUAUAUUAGGAGGCCAAAAUAUCUCAGGUCAUUGCCUCCUGUGCAUUUUUGCAUAAUGUAAAUAACGACAGAAAGGAUGUAGCAGGAGAUGACCUUUGCCCCCAGCCUCCCUGUGAAGCAGACGGGAACACCAAAAACUAUCCAAGUCCUCACUUACUACGAUUAGUAGUACUAAUUUUAGUAUAUUUGUAGACCUGCUACUGUUGCUAGUAUUUUGCUGUUUUUUCGUUGCC